CCUUUUCCGGAAGCUGCUGGUAGGCUUUCUCUCUUCGCUUUUCUGAUUUUGUCAACAUGGAUUUCGGAUAAAGAAAAUAUCCAUAAAAUGUAGCCCCAUGUAAGAGUGGCGUAAAAGGGGGGCUAGAAAAGGAAUGAAGAAAAGAAAGAAAUUUUAUAUUUUAAUCAACUAUUUUAUAUUUUAACAUCACAUUGCCUGUUUUAAACUUUUAUCUGCUAUCAUCACUUUUAACCCCUUUUAAAAGUUAACGUUUCAUCAUGAGUGAUAAGCUACUACCUAUUGGUGUAUUCUGGGAUAUUGAAAACCUAAAUGUACCUAAAUAUAAAUCUGCGUAUGCAGUUGUACAGAAGAUUCGCGAUGGUUUCUUCUCUGGUUAUCGGGAAGCAGAAUUUAUGUGUGUCUGUGAUAUCAAUAAAGAAAAUAAAGAUGUUAUACAAGAACUUAAUUCAGCACAGGUAAAUGUGGUUCACAUUGAUGCAACUGGGAAAAAUGCUGCCGAUGAUAAAAUCCGUCAAAGUUUACGAAGGUUUUCCGACACCCAUCCACCACAAACACGAAUCAUUCUCAUUUCUGGUGAUUUUAAUUUCAUUUCUGAUUUAUCAGAUUUACGUCAUCGUAAAAAUUAUUAUACGAUUUUAAUUCAUGGUCGUUUUACUAAUGAAGCUUUGAUUAGUUGUGCUAAUGAGAGUCACCUGUACGAUGAUCUUAUUGAAGGCCUACCAUUUCGUACUCCAUCAAAGGGUGCUGAAGGAAAGGUGGAAAUUGAAGUACGCGGAUUUUCGAAAGAAGUGUCUAAAAACCAAAUUCAUACCAAAUUAAAAUUAUUAUCCAAUAAUUGUGGAGGGCGUGUAAUCUCUGUGACACCAGAGUAUGCUGUUCUUAGAUUUCCUAGUAGGGAGAGUUCUGUACGAGCCAAAAAAAGAAUGGAUGGUGAAAAAGUUUUUGGGUUCAAGAUUACUGCCUCAUUUCCAGGGGAAAGUGAAAACUGUACCCAUGUUGCUUCAUUUAGUGAUAAUUUCAAGAAACCUUCUACGCCACGUAAAUUUUCGUCGAAUAAAGAUUUCCUUGAAUUCAGUCGCAAACAAGAUAUCGAAAAUAUCUUAGAUCGUAAUAAUUCAUUCUCAUCCCACGGUGCAUCCAGCGUACCUAUAGAUAUUCCUCAUCCUGGAUAUCGUAGAACACGUCACGAUAGCCAAUCAGAAUCCGAGUACAGCCACGUUCGAAAUGGUCUCCAGGAGACACCGGAGAACGACAGUGGACAAGCGAUAAUUGGAAGCAAGUGCAGUCGUAAUUUGUUAAUGAUCCACCAGCAGUUGUACCAGGAGCAGAAACAGAAGGAACAAAGUGACAUGUAUAACGGUUACCAUAGAGAUAUACGUCCUUGUAGCGCUCCCAUACGUAAUUCGCCUUGUUACGUUAAUCCCAACGUAUCAAGUUCACCACGAUCAUUCUAUCGAACCAGCCCAUCCAAUCACUACGCAGCUUACUCGCCCGGACCCACUAACUACAACAACUAUCAUAACAGUUACAAUGGUCAGAAUUAUCUACAGAGCUCGUCGCCCAAUCGUUUUACAGCUAAUAGUUUUCAACCAAUUGGAAAUGGGUAUAUGAAUGGUGGAAGCAGUUUUAUGAAUGGAAGUGUUUCACCAUGUGAAUAUAGUAAUAUUGAGGGUCCAGUAGAAUUGGUCGUAUCAAAUCUAGAUUAUAAUAUCAGUGCCAAGGAAUGGAGAAAGAUUUUAUUUACAACAUUUCACCCUCAAGUCAAGGUUUUAAGCGUCCAUAUUAAAACUCAACCAGAUAAUACCUGUAUUGGCAUGAUUAAAAUUCCUACUAUUGACGAAGCUCGUUUCGCUAUUUCUCAGUUUCAUCGUAAAAAAAUAGGAUAUAAACGGAUACAAGUUACCUUAAAACACGAAGAUACACAGCUAGCUGCCGUCAAUCUCAGGGCUGAAAUAGUCAGUCUAUUAUCUGAAGCUAAUGGUAACAUGCUGCCAUUGUUUAAAUUCAUAGAACUCUUUGAUAAAAGGUAUCAUAAAUCUAUCAGUGUAUCGGAACUAUACAAACUGAGAGAUAUCAUAGACAUACAGGAACAUGGUGGGGCUGGACGAUAUGUCUACCUGACACGGAAUAACGUCAACACUAGACCCUUUACUCCAGACGGAUCUGAUGCCGAGAUUCAAGAGAUAUUUGAACAUCCAGUCUGUUCACAACAUUGUCCAGAAGGAAGUGUAUUUUAUGCCGAGGCAAUGAAUUGUUCGAUGUUACCUAAUGUUAAGCUACAUAUCAAACCCUUCUCAGCCAAUGUUCACACUCUUCUACUAUCACAUAAUGGUAGCUUACCACUCAUGAGUUUUACUGCUUGUUAUGCUGCUGAGUUCUCUCCCCUUGUAGCAGUUAAAGAGAGUGGUGUCCCUUUAGAACAUCUGAUUAGUUGUAUACCUGGUAUAGAGAUACAGAUCAGUAAAGUGGGUAUGAAGAAAGUUCAGUGGUCCGAAAGAUCAGAAAUUGUAGUAGAUUCUUCCUCGCCAGAUUCUACGCGGAGUAGCCCAGGUUUAUCGCAACAUUUAGUUCAACUGAGUCGUGAAAUAGUUGAUCUGUUGAAACAUAGUUCACAGUGUCGUAUGCCAGUGUCAAAGUUCAUCCCCGCCUAUCAUCACCAUUUCCGACGUCAGUGUCGUGUAGCAGAUUAUGGAUAUAAUAAAUUAAUGGAAUUAUUUGAAGCUCUACCACAAUCCGUACAGGUUCUUGGUAUGGGAGGUAGAAAAAUUAUAACUUUAAGUCACCGAGCUCAGGUUCGUAGAUUCACAGCUGAUCUUCUCCGUGUUUUAAAAUGGCUGACUGGAAAACAGAUGGAUCUGGAAGAUUUCCCAUCAUGCUUCAUGCGUGUAUUUGGUAAACCAUGGGAUGUAACACAGUAUGGUUCUUGUUAUAUAGAAGACUUAAUCGCUGAAGUUCCACCAUCGGCUGCCACCGUAUAUAAAGAAGCUGAUAGAACUUAUAUAUCUAUUCCUAGAAGAGAUCAAGCUCCAGAAGAAAUUGAAAGAACGAAACAGUUUGCUUUAGAAGUUUACGAUUUGUUGAAACAUAAUCAGUGUCGUAUGGUCUUUAACAAAUUUAUUCCGGCUUAUCACCACCAUUUCGCACGUCAGUGUAAAGUAGCAGAAUAUGGUUUUACUAAAUUAUCGGAUCUCUUUGAAGCCAUAUCCCAUGUUGUUGAGAUGGAAGAUGAAGGAGAAGAAAGAAUUCUACGUUUAACUUUACCAGAGAUGCGUAAAGUUUUAUCGGAACAGGUGACGGAGUUACUCAAGACAAGACCUGGACAGUGUAUACCUCUUGUUGAACUUAUCCCAGAAUUCCUUAAUAUGUUCGGUUUCACUCCAAGAUUUGAGGAUUUUCACGUGGAAUGUCUGAAAUCUCUUUUAUCUAAAUUACGACAUAUUAUCAAGGUGGAAGUCUAUAAUGGUGAACAGUAUGUAGUAUUGUUAAGACACACACAGUUACCUCCCUUAGCUCUUCAAGUUCUACAACUUUUGAUGGAUCAGAGUAGUGGUUCUCUCCCCUUUGUAGAAUUAUGUAGUUGGUAUAGGAAUACGUUUAAUGUAGAUUGUGAUAUGAAACAGAUCAGAGAAGAAUUGUUAGAUUAUGUUCAAGUGUCAGGAGAAGAUAAUUCUGCUGUUAUUUCUCUUACUCCAUUGCAAACCCUAGCCAGAGAUAUAAGAUUGUUGUUGAUUGGCCAUGGUAAAAUACCUGUUGACCAAUUAGAAUCAGCCUUUCUAGAUGCGUUUGGUAUCGAGAUUAAACCGGCCUUAUAUGGGUUUCCUAGUCUACAGGCCUUACUUUAUGCGUUACCUCAUAUUGUAACAGUUCGCGGACGUGGACAUAAAAAAAAUCUACAAUUAUCGAAACAACUUAAAGUACCAAGUGCUCUAUCGCAGGCUGCUCAGGUUUUAACUGGAGAUAAAAGACUACAGACUGUUGAUGGGAGAACAGAUUCCGAUACACCAUCAAAUGAUUCCGGUGUUACUGAUACACAUGAAGAAGAGUAUUUAAUGAAUACUGAUGAUAGAGUUGUUUGUUCUCCGUUAGAUUUAUUAUGUAAUGGUAUACCGUCCAAUAUUCCUUCACCAGAAUUACGUCCAGCUAGUCGAGGUCUACCAGAUCUUAUGUCAUUUACAUCUUCAUCACCAGAUCGUGAUUAUUUAGUUAUAACUGAUGAAGAGCGUAAAAUUCUACGUACCCCACUUUGUCAGACACCCACGUCACAGAUACUUCAGUUCGCAGCGCAGUAUCUACCCGAGACGAAACCAGGAAGUCCUAUACCACCUCGCAGUCGAAGCACCAGUCCUGCAAUGUACAAAAUACACAAAUUGGCCAGUCCAGUUCCCAUAUUAGGUCAGCGGUCAAAUAAGAUUGAGAAUGUCUCUAGCAGUCCUGUGAUGCGUCUGCUACAGGGCGCGCUGAGCCCUCGACCUCUGUGUCAGAGGUCAUCUAGUGCCGGUAUUGAAGGUCAAAGUUCACGAAGUCCUACCAUAGAUAUUAGUAAUAUUAGGAGAAUGAGUCUGAGUCCCGCUCAGAUGAAAUUAUGGACAAGCAGCGGCGGUCAAGGACCAAGGUCAGAUUCAGGUGAAAGGUCAAAUACUGGUGACAUCCAACAGGGAUCCAUAGUAACCAUGGAUACCCUGGCUGUCCCAGAAGGCACUAGUGACUGCGAAAAAUCGUCGGAAUUUGGAGAACUGUUGAAAGGAGGGUGGUGGAAAGCUAGUCCAACGCAACUUGAAGAAGUGAAUAAAACAUUUAAAUUGUCAUCGGAAAGUUGGUCGGGACGUUCUACGCCUGCCCUUGGCAACAGCACUUCUGGACGUUCUACACCUGCCCAUGGCAACAGUACUUCUGGACGUUCAACUCCAUCCUUUAAAAACGAAAAGUGGGAAACUAUUAACAAUAAUAGUACUAGUGUCGCUACCAGAAAGAAACCAUUGUCGCCUGCGGUAAAAUCUCUCCUAGCAACUUCACUUCAAAACCCUGCACCACAUGAUAGCGAUGAACUCUCUAAUACUCUGACAUCCAGUAUUAAACAUGAUGCUGAUACAACACUGGAUGAUAGAGACAGCUCGUUCGAUACGACUCUGGAUAGUGAAAUGUCGUAUAAUUUACUGUUUCGUCGUGGUCACCCGUUAGACACCAGCUCUCUACGUUCCGACACGCCUAGAACUUCGCCAAGAAAAUCACGACGUUCGCGGCUAGCUGCUAAAUUUAGUGUACCACUGGAACCCAUUCGGUCGCCUAGCAACCAAAGUUAAGUUUUAAUUAUAUUACCAUAGUAACUAUGGUAGAACAAUGUUUUCAUCAGAAAAUGAUUUGAAAAGAAAAAGAUUUGAAAUUUGAACUUUCUAAACAUUGAUUUCGUUUUAUUUGGAUGAAUUAUCGAAGACUGUCAACCAGCUAUUGUUUAAUUACGGUACCCAUGACUGAUUGCGUCACCGAUUAUGAUGUCACAGACAGUAAUCAUUAUAAAGUUAAUUAAUAACAUAUUUACGAACCUUGUGGGGGGGUUGGAUGGCUGAAUGGUUAGCAUGCGCGCGCUGUAUCAUAAAGUCUGUCAUUGAGUCGACUGGCGUGGUUUCGAAUCCCCGGUUGUACGUGGCAAGGAGUAGGGUCGCCUGUCCAACCUAGUGGGUUUUCUCCGGGUCCUCCGGUUUCCUCCCACUGCUAAAGACCCCUACGCGCAAGCGAAUUAUGUAAAUGAAAUUAAACCAUAUGUUAGUCCCGAAAUGACCUAGUUUGUGUCGAGUGGACGUUAAACCCCAUUUCUCUCUCUCUCUACGAACCUUGUGGAUGACGGACAAGUAUGGUCGACCUCAUACUCAACAAACAUUAUUCUACGAGUAAAUAGAUUGUUCUGGUCAUGUAAUAAAUAUAGAUACAGGUACUUGAUUUGAGAGAGAUAUAUAUAAGUCUGGACUUAAGGCACCUGUCAUGAGCUUUAUCAGACACAAUCCAAACUUGUGGGUUUUCUCUGGGUCCUCUGGUUUCCUCUCACUGCUAAAGACCCCUACGUGCAAGCGAAUUAUAUAAAUAAAAUUUAACCAUAUGUUAGUUCCAAAAUACCUAGUUUGUGUCGAGUGGACGUUAAACACCAUUUCUCCUUCUGUCACGAACAAACUGUCACACAACGUAUGUUGUGGAAUAAUUUGUCAGCCUUCUGUUCUGGUUGAUAUAUAUAUAUAUAUAUGUUAUGUGAUAAUUUGUACUUGACAGUCUGUGACAGAUGCCUUAUGUCCGAGCUUCAUUAUUACAUAUUUUUAAAGCAUUUUUCCGGUGCCGUUCUGUAAAUGCCAUAACCUACCCCUGACGUCAACCGAUCAGAUCAUGUCGUCACGUCAUAAAAGUCCAUCCAUGUUCUCUGUUAAUCUAAAAAUGUUUGAUAUUGUGAAAUUUGAAGUUUGUGUUUUCUGAUAAAACAUUUUUUAUUAGAAUGAAAAAGAUGGCAUUAAUGUUAAAACUUUCCGUCAGAUGAAUAUGCGGCUUUCUGUAAAAGUUUUCACAAACCUUCGGAGAAAUAUGCAUGGUCAUAUUGUUGUUAAGGGGGUGUGGCUGUCUUUGCUCUGAGGAUGGACUCAUUGUAUGACAUGAAAUAAUAGUUUUAGUUUAGUCAAAUAUAAUUCUCUAAUCCACAAAAAGAAGUGAAGUGAUUGUUUAAUUUUGAUUGGUUUUAGCUGACAUGCUUUAUGAAUUUGAUUUAGUCGACUUUUGUGCACAACUUACCCAUUAAAUGCUUGAUCAGAUAAUUGAAAAAUACUCUGCUAGUUCUAAAUAGGUUACUUUCCAUUUUAAUUAUUACAUGUAUGAUAUCAGUAAAGAGUUUGUAUGAUGUAAUCGUGAGGUGUUAAUUACCACUGACAUUCUGAUUAAAACACAGAUCCUAUUUUGUUUUGUUUUUUAUAGUUCAAAACUUCGCUUUACUUGUCUUUACUACACUAGGAUCUGGAAGAGUUGUUAUAUAACCCGCAUUAUGGUUGAUGUGAUGGAUUAGCCAAAGAAACGGUCUGUUACGACUUCUUGGCAUGCGAUGCAUGGAACUGUGGGUAAACCACUAGAAACGACAGUGCUGAUUAAUCGAUGUCUGACGUCAUGGGGUCAAGAGCUGUUUGUAGACCUAUGACACGACCUCCCACUACAACCGGACAGAUCUUAAUGUAGUGUAGGCCAUCGAAAGUCUAAAACAAAAAAAACAAAA